AUGCCCGAGGCCACCCCCGACGUUACCACCGCCUCGCACAACGAGGCCGCCGACAUGUCCGCGUCCGCCGACUCCACCAUCGACGAGGCAACCGGCUACAUACUUACCCCCGGCCCCGACGACACCGGCUUGCUACCCCGGCAGCAACGACCCAAGAUGUCCGAGGCCAACACCGCCUCCAACGCAGCCACCUCCAAACUGCUACCCCGGAAGCAACGACCCGAGCCACCUCCGAACUGCUAUCCUGGUAGCAACGAUCCCAGGUGUCCGAGGCCGACCGCGCCGCCGACGCAGCCACCCCCGAACUGCUACCCCGGUAGCAACGACCCCAGGUGUCCGAGGCCAACACCGCCUCCUACGCAGCCACCUCCAAACUGCUACCCCGGCAGCAACGACCCAAGGUGUCCGAGGCCAACCCCGCCUCCUACGCAGCCACCUCCGAACUGCUAUCCUGGUAGCAACGACCCCAGGUGUCCGAGACCGACCCCGCCGCCGACGCAGCCACCUCCCCGGACCACAAGGCCCACGACAUAUGAGCCACCGAGACCAACAACACCAGCAUGCUACCCGGGUAGUCCUGAUCCGAGGUAA